GGACGGCGACGGUGUUGAUUUAAAGGAAGAAGAAACACAAUAGAGACGAUUUAUAUAAACAGAUUUCCAGCGAAUUCUAAGAGAAAACAUUCAUCUACCGGACACAGAUUAUCGCUUGAGAACCAACGCAGACAUCGAGGUGGUACGGACGAAGUUGUGGGCCCGGAUGUUCUUGAAGGCAGUGGGUUGGUCAUCAGCCACGUUUCCACACUUCGCAGCCCGAGAAGGUCAAACACCUGGAGGACGACGACGACGCACACUGAAGACUCGACAAGGGUGGAAAGCUCCCGAGCUUUGGACUAGUUAACCCUUCGUAGAAUCUUUACCUUUCCACACAUGGAACGACGCGCCUCCGCGCAGUGGAAAUAAGCAGAACUACAGACUACAUGACUUUGGGGACGGACUUGUACAAAGUUGGACAUCCUUUUUUUUUUCAUGAACAGGGAUACUGAGCAGCUUUUAUGGACUCAAAGUGGAGCGCAAAAGUAAAUACUGUGUUGAACUGAAAUUAUAUUGAAGAAGCUAUUCCCCAAGUGCAGAUUGCCUUAGUUGUUCUGUUUCAGGACUUGAGCCGCUUUGAUACUUGUUCACAUAUAAUUUUCUAUAUUGUGGACGAGUAUAUUCAUGCAUAUGAAUGCAAAUUUCUCUUCAUUUUGAAGAGUUGUUGUGUAAAAACUAAUUUUUUGUCGCUUUUGUACGUCAGUCACUCUGUUGUUGAAGGGGACCGAACUGCACGUACGUGUUUAUAUGUAAAUACUACGAUCCGCUUCUGUUGUGAAAGCUUUGGACUUCAAAAAAACAACACAAAAAAAAACUAGACGAUAUCGUUUAAUGCUUUAUUGAACUUUUUUUUUUAUUUUUUGAAGAAAAACAUUUUUAAAAAUCUAAACCUAAGAGGCAAAAAUCUUAGACUCUGAAGGACAAAAGGAGCGAACAGAAGUCAGGAAUAAUGGCGACCGCCAGAACGGAAAGCGCCGGCCCCGUCGUCAUGGCGCUGGGUAAACAGAACGGGCAGCUCCGAGGACAGAGUAAACCCGCCUCGGUCCUGGGGGCGCCCACCUCUCAAGGGAAGGGUCUGGGCGCCCCCCAGAAAGUGGGCGGCGCCCCUCAGGACGGGGGAGGAAUCAAGUUCGGAGACGACUGGAAAAAGAGCCUACAGCUCCCCCCCAAAGACACUAGGGUCCGAACCUCGGAUGUCACGGCCACCAAGGGGAACGAGUUUGAAGAUUACUGUCUGAAAAGGGAACUCCUGAUGGGCAUCUUUGAGAUGGGCUGGGAGAAACCUUCACCGAUCCAGGAGGAGAGCAUCCCCAUCGCGCUGUCUGGGCGGGACAUCCUGGCUCGGGCCAAGAACGGGACGGGGAAAAGUGGCGCCUAUCUCAUCCCGCUGCUGGAGAGGAUAGACCUGAAGAAGGACCACAUACAGGCCAUGGUCAUGGUGCCCACGCGGGAGCUGGCGCUGCAGGUGAGCCAGAUCUGCAUUCAGAUCAGCAAACACCUGGGAGGGGUGAAGGUCAUGGCCACCACUGGCGGCACCAACCUGCGGGAUGACAUCAUGCGCCUGGAUGAGAUCGUGCACGUGGUCAUCGCCACCCCCGGCAGGAUCCUGGACCUGAUCAAGAAGGGCGUCGCCAAGGUGGACCGAGUCAUGAUGAUGGUGAUGGACGAGGCGGAUAAACUGCUCUCUCAGGACUUCGUGGUGCUCAUCGAGGACAUCAUCAGCUUCCUGGCCAAGAACCGGCAGAUCCUGCUCUACUCUGCAACCUUCCCCAUCAGCGUUCAGAAGUUCAUGGCCAAGCACCUUCAGAAACCCUACGAGAUCAACCUGAUGGAGGAGCUGACUCUGAAGGGCAUUACUCAGUACUACGCCUACGUCACCGAGCGGCAGAAAGUCCACUGCCUCAACACACUGUUCUCCAGGCUUCAGAUCAACCAAUCAAUCAUUUUCUGUAACUCCACCCAGAGGGUGGAGCUCUUGGCCAAAAAGAUCACCCAGCUGGGCUACUCCUGUUUCUACAUCCAUGCCAAGAUGAUGCAGGAAUACAGAAACCGCGUUUUUCACGACUUCAGAAAUGGUCUCUGCAGAAACCUCGUCUGCACCGAUCUCUUCACCAGAGGAAUCGACAUCCAGGCUGUGAAUGUGGUCAUCAACUUCGACUUCCCCAAGAACGCCGAGACGUACCUGCAUCGCAUCGGGAGAUCAGGGAGGUUCGGUCACCUGGGCCUGGCCAUAAACCUGAUCACGUCGGAGGACCGUUUCAACCUGAAGGCCAUCGAGGACCAGCUGGUGACCGACAUCAAGCCCAUCCCCAGCAGCAUCGACAAGAGCCUCUACGUGGCCGAGUUCCACUCGGGCUCCGACGGCGACAUCGAGGAGAAGCCGGGUCGCCCGCAGGACAGCGCCUAAGACGUCAGCGCUCGCACACAGGCUCCAGGCGACUCUUCAUCUUCACCCUCAUCCCGUUCUCGGAGCCACAUGGAUUCCUUCUUAGUUUCCCCUCAUCGUUCUGUAAACAGAAAACCCCAAACCGCUGCGUUGCUCCGACUCCAGCUGAGCCGCGGUCCUCGUCGCUAGCAGCAGCAGCCGCUCCAGUCCGACCCCCGACCCCCCCAGCAUCCAGCCCCGGUUCUGUCCCACCCCACACUGCUGUUGUCACUUAAGUGCCUUACUUCCUCCACCCGCCGCCCGCCGGUACGAGCACAAACUCCCACCUCCACCCCGGUUUCCACCAACCCGCGUUAUGCAAGCGAGGACGACGCCACGCCGCUUCUGAAACCCCCCCGAGUCUCGGUGAACGUUGCAAUAAAAACGGCAGCUUUAUUUGAACCCCGCGCGACUGUUUCUGCUCCCCGAGUGACCCGGUCGGCCCAAACACCAACCCGAGUGACCCGGUCGGCCCAAACACCAAACCCCAGCACAGAUCGAACCUGCGACCACAAAGGAAAGUUUCUGUUUUGCUUUUUUUUUUUUAUUUUAUUUUAUUUUUAAAUAAUCAAGAUCCAUGUUUUGGCUGGUGGGAACCGUUACACCCGGCGGCGGCUGCUGCUGGCGCACAGAGACCUGGUUCCCUGGUUCCCGGGUCUGUACGGGACGGCUAGCGGGUUCAGAGGCGGGCGGGACGGGUGAGAACAGUCCGGCAGUCGACCGAUUAAUUACCAAUAUUUUCAAAGUCGGUGCGAAGCAGCGGUUUGGGUUUUCUGUCGGUUUCUUCUCUGGGCACAAAUCCACACGAGCAUCUACAGAUGUCUUCUUUGUUUUUGUUUUUUAAAUUGCUUUAUGUUGGAAAAGUUUCUUGGAAGCCCGGUUCUGGUCCUGGGUUGGGUCCGGAUUCACACGUAAACCCAGUCUAUCGACGUCGAGGACGGAUUUGUCGGAUUAAACGAUCAAGUUAACAGAAAAGCGAAGCGUAAAAAACACUUUAGUGAGAAAACGGUGUGUAAAACUCGGUCCCGGUCCGAUCCUGAACGGGGUUCUUCUGCUGUUAGCGCCACAGUCUGCUCAAACCCGGUUUAAACAAAACAAAAAACACAUACAAAAUAAAAGCACAGGCCAGUAUUAUAACCGUAGCAGUACCACCUCUGUCCACACGGCGGCGCAAAGAUCCUCCGUGAUGCUGCGAGCCGCUAAAAAACCUUUUCUUUGACACAGUUGUUUUACGGUGAUACAAGUGGACCGUCAGGUGAUUACAAAUACUAAAUAUGAGUUUUGGUGUCGGCCGCGAUACUUAAAACUCUGUCAGACUUCCAAAUACAAAAUAAAAGCACGCUGACUGAGGCUCAACAUUAUCUAAAACAUUUUUGUUAACCACGAAGAUUUUCUUGUUUUUGGUGGCACAACGGAGACGAAUAUAAGUACUAAAUGUGAGCGUGUGUCGGGUUGAUGAGUACUAAUGUUCAGUCUCGGGUCUGCGUGCUUUUAUUUUGUAUUCCGGGGUCGACGGUGAGGCCUGUAAAAGUAUUGGAGCAAAAAAAGGGACAUUUUCACACCUGACGCUGAUUAUCAAAGUCUACUUUUAUAACAGGGUGAACCCUUUUUUCUUUUUUUUUUUUGAUUAGUAAACAAAAAUGAUUCUCUUAAAGCCGGUGAGUAGCAGUACCACCUCUGACCACACGGCGGUACGAAAAUCUCCCGUGAUGCUGCGAGCUGCUAACGACGAAAACCUUUUUUUUGACAGUUGUUUUACGGUGCUACAACGUGGACCGUCAGGUGAUUACAAAUACUAAAUAUGAGCGUCGUUUUGGUGUCGGCCGUGAUACUUAAAACUCUGUCAGACUUCCAGAUACAAAAUAAACACGCGGACUGAGGCUCAACAUUAUCUAAAAAAAAAAUGUUUUAAUCACAAAGAUUUUCUUGUUUUUGGUGGCACAACGGAGACGAAUAUAAGUACUAAAUGUGACCGUGUGUCGGGUUGAUGAGUUCUAAUGUUCAGUCUCUUGUCUGCGUGCUUUUAUUUUGUUUUCCGGAGUCUGACGGUGGGGCCGGUAAAAGUAUCGGGGGGAAAAAAAGGGACAUUUUCACACCUGACACUGAUAAUUAAAAUCCACUUUUAUAACACAGUGAAACCUUUUUUAUCUUUUUUUUUUUAUUAGUAAACUAAAUAAUUCUCCUAAAGCUGGUGAGUAGCAGUACCACCUCUGACCACACGAGGCGCGUCACCAACGUUCCUGCAGAGCUAAACCGGCACGACCAGCUGUUUCACUCGUAAAUGCUAGUUUGACAACAGACGAGCGGAACCGGCGUUUCUCUUCGGGACGAACUCGUCUCGGGCCGGGUUAAACCGGCUGGGUUGUUAAAAAACGCAGAAGUAAAAAAAACGACUAGCUUCAACUCGAUGAGGUCUGAACUUCACCACUGCUGCAGUUCCGAUUCAAAAUUUUAGAUACUAAGAUUCAAAACAAGAUUCUUUUUGCAGAAGUGGCUCAAGUGAUUGAUGAAGAGGAAGAGGAUGAUGAUGAUGCUCCACUGACAAACUGGAGAAAUACAAACCUGCCACUGAGAAGUCGAUUUCCUCUCUUGAGAGACGAACCAGUAGACGAGGUACCGAUGGAGCACGACGACCUUAAGAUAAACUAAAUAACUGCAAAUGCGCAUUCACUGUUAAAGCUACUGUAUGCAGUAAUUCCUCGUCCCUCCACAAGGGGGCAGCAGCCUCGGGUUUACGACGUAACGGAGCAGUAUUACAAGUUGAACCGGACCGUCACUGUUCGUUUUAGUGUUGGUGGUUCUGGUGCCGGUGCAGCAGCUUUUCAUGCCCCCGUGUGGUCAGAAGUGGCUUUAAUUUCGCAUGUUUGAGCGACACAACGGCAGAAUCUGCAGCCAGAACCCUCCGGCGAGUUUUACACACCCCGUUUUCAUGAAAGCGGCAACUUGACGCGGCUUUACGGGUGUCCGGUCCCGGUCCAAACCCCCGGGUCUCCAGCGUACCCGACCAUGUGGGGGGGGGACUCUGUUUUAACAGCAGAAUUGUAGCAUCUUUGAGCAGGCAGCUGUGAAUCUUCUGUCCUCCCCUUUCAGAGCACCACUGAUUAUAAACAGAGUAUAUUUGCUUUUUAGGGUUGUUUUUUCUUCGGGGGGGGGCCGGGUUUAGCACUGGGUAACUCCUGGGGGGGUCGGGUGAGUCUCAUGUUUUCGUCGUAGACUCUUCUCCUCUCCGGCACCUGAGGGGUCUGAAGUUUUAAGUUGUUUUAUUUUUGCACCAAAAACUCCCAGAAAGCAC